AUGGCGGUGCCCUUCGUGGAGGACUGGGACCUGGUGCAGACGCUGGGCGAAGGCGCCUACGGGGAGGUGCAGCUGGCCGUGAACCGCCGCACCGAGGAGGCCGUGGCCGUGAAAAUCGUGGACAUGAAGCGCGCGGCCGAGUGCCCGGAGAACAUCAAGAAGGAAAUCUGCAUCAACAAGAUGCUGAGCCACGAGAACGUCGUCCGGUUCUACGGACACCGGCGGGAGGGCGCCACGCAGUACCUGUUCCUGGAGUACUGCCGCGGCGGGGAGCUCUUCGACCGCAUCGAGCCAGAUGUCGGGAUGCCAGAGCCGGAGGCGCAGCGGUUCUUCCAGCAGUUGAUUGCCGGCGUGGUGUACCUGCACAGCAUCGGCAUCACCCACCGGGACCUGAAGCCGGAGAACCUGCUGCUGGACGAGCGAGACAACCUGAAGAUCUCGGAUUUCGGGCUGGCCACGGUGUUCCGGCACAACGGGCGCGAGCGGCUGCUGAACAAGAUGUGCGGGACCCUGCCCUACGUGGCCCCCGAGCUGCUGCGGCGCCCCGAGUUCCGCGCCGAGCCCGUCGACGUCUGGGCCUGCGGCGUGGUGCUGACAGCCAUGCUGGCCGGAGAGCUGCCUUGGGACCAGCCCAGCGACAGCUGCCAGGAAUACAGUGACUGGAAGGAGAAGAAAACCUACCUCCCACCUUGGAAGAAGAUUGAUUCCGCUCCCUUGGCGCUGCUGCACAAGAUCCUCACGGAGAGCCCCACGGCCAGGAUCACCAUUGCUGACAUCCAGAAGGACCGGUGGUACAGCAGGCCCCUCAAGAAGGAUGUCAAGCGGGCUCGGCUCUCCUCGGGGGGAGUCAGCGACUCCCCUGGAGGCUUCUCCAAGCACAUCCGAUCCGAUACAGACUUCUCACCCGUGAAGGGAGCACUGGGUGAGGACAAGGCAAGCUAUUCCACGUCUCAGCCGGAGCCCGGCACGGGCGGGAUGCCCUGGGAGAGUGGCACGGGAAGCAUCGACCAGCUGGUGCAGGGCUUCAGCUUCUCGCAGCCCGCCUGCCCCGAGCACAUGCUGGUCAACAGCCAACUCCUGGGCACCCCAGGCUCCUCCCAGAGCCCGUGGCAGCGGCUGGUGAAGCGGAUGACGCGGUUCUUCACCAAGCUGGACGCCGACGGCUCCUACCGUGCGCUGAAGGAGGUGUGUGAGAAGAUGGGCUACGGCUGGAAGAUGAGCUGCACCAACCAGGGUGAUGGCCUGGAGUUCAAGAGGCAUUUCCUGAAGAUCAAGGCCAAGCUCAGCGACAUUGUCAGCACCCAGAAGGUCUGGCUGCCUGGCACCUGAGCCCUCGCACGCCUUCUCUGCCUCUUCCUUCUCUUCCUCCACCUCCUCCUCCUCCUCUUCCUCCUGGCUGCCCUCUGGCAGCAGCACGCAAAUACUGUGAAGGUGUCUGGCCACCUGUUUUAGGUUUUGAAGGUUCAAUAAAGCCCUGGGG